AUUUUCACUUCCUUCAUGUCACUUUGUGAUGUACAUUAAGCCGCCGUCUCCUGUGAGCCGUCACUCUGGUUGGCAGGGUGUUGGGUGAACUCCUGAAUCUCCUCCGGCUGCCUUCGACCCUGAAGCUCCCCAGUUCACCAUGUCCAGGAAGGUUGUGAGGACCAGUAAGUUCCGUCACGUCUUCGGCCAGGCGGUGAAGGCCGACCAAUGCUACGACGACAUCCGGAUCUCCCAGAUGACCUGGGACAGCAACUUCUGCUCCGUUAACCCCAAGUUUGUGGCCAUGAUCGUGGACGCCAGUGGUGGGGGCGCCUUCAUUGUGCUUCCUUUGAACAAGACUGGACGCAUCGACAUGUCCUACCCCACUGUGUGUGGGCACACAGGUCCGGUUCUGGACAUCGAGUUCUGCCCUCACAACGACAACAUCAUUGCCAGUGGGUCUGAAGACUGCAGUGUCAUGAUUUGGGAGAUUCCAGAGGGGGGGUUGACCACGUCCCUCACAGAGCCGGUGGUCAAGCUGGACGGCCACUCGAAGCGAGUUGGCAUCCUGAGCUGGCACCCCACCGCCCACAAUGUGCUAAUGAGUGCAGGCUGUGACAAUGUGGUCAUCCUGUGGAACGUGGCUCGGGGGGAAGCGGCCGUGAGGAUCGACAGCGUCCACACUGACCUCAUCUACUGCGCCUGCUGGAACAGGGACGGAUCCCAGAUUCUCACCUCCUGCAAAGACAAGGCGCUGCGAGUGCUGGACCCCCGAAAGGGCACCGUCCUCUAUGAGCGGGAGAAGCCUCACGAGGGCUCCAGGCCCAUCCGAGCCGUUUUCACGUCUGACGGGAAGAUCCUGAGCACCGGUUUCAGCCGGAUGAGCGAGAGGCAGGUGGCGCUGUGGGAUCCGAAAAACUUCUCCGAGCCGCUGACUCUGCAGGAGCUGGACACCAGCAGCGGGGUCCUCCUGCCCUUUUAUGACCCAGACACCAACGUGGUCUACCUCUGUGGCAAGGGAGACAGCAGCAUCCGCUACUUUGAGGUGACAGACGAGGCUCCUUACAUCCACUACCUGUCCAUUUACAGCAGCAAAGAGAGCCAGAAGGGGAUGGGCUGGAUGCCCAAGAGGGGCCUGGAGAUCAACAAAUGUGAAAUUGCCAGGUUCUACAAACUGCACGAGAGGAAAUGUGAGCCCAUUGUGAUGACGGUACCUCGCAAGUCGGAUCUGUUUCAGGAGGAUCUGUACCCCGACACCCUCGGCUCCGAGCCUUCGGCCGAGGCCGACGAGUGGUUCGCAGGGAAGGACGCUCCUCCGGUUUUGAUAUCUCUAAAGGAGGGGUUCGCAACCACGACCAAAUCCAAGGAGUUCAAAGUUCACAAGAGUCUCCUGAAGACCACGACUGCUUCAGCGGGAACUCAGCCGGACAGCAGCGGGGAGGUGCAGUCUUUGAAGAAGGAAGUGAAGGACCUUAAAGCUGCGAUAGAAGAGCUGACCAAGCGUGUGAUGGAGCUGGAGAGCAAGCAUUAAAGAUGACAGACCUCCAAGCUAGAAAAUGCAUCAGAAGAGCUGAUGGAAACACAGGAGCACAACCUGACAGAGCGCAGAAACUGCCGUUCACUUUGGGUGGAAGUGAGACAAAGGGAUAGAUUAGGACAGAUGUGAAACCUUUCCAGUUUGAGAAUUCAUUUAUUUGAUUCUAGUGACCAAUUAAAUUUAAAAUAAAAAUACUUCCUUUUUAAAUAUAUGAUUUUAUUUGGAAUAAAGUCUUCCAUAUUUUC